AUGUUUAACAGUUCAGCGCUUGGAAGUGGUACUUCCAGUCAUGCAGAAAUUCGGAAAGAAUAUACUUUUGAUGAUAUCAUUAAUAGAGAUCAUGAUUACUUUUCAAUGUUUGGAUUAAAAAAGCCAUCACCAUCGGCACAUUUACUUGGAAAUAACAAUGCUAUUAUUACUUCCUAUUCAAGUAAUAAUGAUGAAGAUAAUAAUUUAAAUAAUGAUAGAAGAAAUAAUGGGAUUGGACGUAAACGAUUAUUUCAGUGGUGUAUAGGAUUAUUAAUAUUAUUUUCAUUUACUUGUGGAUUAAUUUUACUUUUAGGUGGAAUUAUUUUCGGAAUACUUGUUAAUGCUAAUGUAUUAGAUGAUUAUUGUAUAAUGCAAUUUGAAUUUAAGAAACAAGUACCUGGUAAUUUAAAUUAUGAUUUUGCUUUUACAAAGAUUAAACAAGGCGUUUCUAAAAGUCCAUUCGAAUUAAUUUCAUCAUUUCCUAAUAAUGGAACAAUUAAAGCAGUUAGAAAAGAGGCUUUGAAAAAUUUUGAUGCACUGGAAUUUACUAUUUAUGAAGAAGGAUUGAGUUUAAUAUUUAUUAAUGCAUCAAGUAUAUCAGAUUCAGGUGUUUUUGAUUUUGGACAGAACUAUAGAAAUAUUAAACAAGUCAUUGAUUCUUCAUUAGGGAAAGAUUAUUUACAGAGAAUUGUUUCUGGUUGUAAUUAA